GAGGAGGGGGCGCCACCCGGAGGACCCAGAGCGUCUCUCCCCUGGAUGGAACCGAACUGCCUCCAGUCGACCAUGGCGCUAGGGCUGUCUUCGAAGAAAGCCUCUUCCAGGAACAUCGCCGUGGAGAGGAAAAACCUGAUCACCGUCUGCAGGUAAAGAGAGCCUUGGGUUGCCAGGGAAGGCUGGCGAGGAAACCCCCCCGCCCGAGGGUGGAGGUGGAAAGAUCAUCCUGCAUCCCCUAAGAUGGAGAGAGGAUGGCAAGGAGGCUAGGCGAGGGGAUGAGGUGGAACUGUUCCGUGAAGGUGGAUGGCUUCCCAACAACAACAGAAAGGAAACCUCCUAUUAUUGGCAUCUUAUGUCUAAUAGAAUGGUUAGCCCGUCUGGAAAUGGUGCUUAAGAUGAUCAGUACAGCUUCAGGCAGGCAGUGUGGCAACAGAGGACAGCAAUAUCCUUGGGGAGGUGGGGGGAGCUUAUUUAAAAAAAAAAAUAAAGGGGAAAGAUAAUGCAAGGAAGAAAAAGAAACCAGGGGUUGUGAAAUUCAAGGGUGGGUGAGGAAUGAGGGGAACGAGGGAAGCUAAUAGGAAGAAAUGGACAGGCACACAGGCCAAAGGCAAUGGAGGAAUCGGCAGAAGAGGGUCUGUUGUGUUUCCAGAAUCAAUUUGUCAACAAGGAAAGAUGAGGAGUGAACGUUGGGGUGUUUGUUCCGUUUGGUAGGGUAGGCCUGGUUUCAGAAAUGUGUCCUUCAUAGGGAUGAUGGGGGAAUCUGGCCAUGUAGGAGGUUCUCCCACACUAGGGGAAGAAUCUUCCUCAGUCGCUAGCUAUGUAUCUCUAUGGGACCUACACCCAGUAGGCAACUCGCUGGCUGGUGCUUGGAAGUGCUGCUCAGAGAACCAAAUGAAGAUGGAAAAUUCUGGGAGGCAGGAGGGAAAAGAGUGAGAGGUUGCCGCCUGCAGCCCCUCUGCACGUUGUUGUCCUUCAGGGUGAGGGGAGGUGAUGGUGAUGGGAAUGCCACAAAGAGAAAAGAAGUAGGGCAGAGAAGGCGUUGGGGCAGGGCACUCUUCCUACUUAACUUCCUCUCUUCCUGAAGGAAAAGAAAGAGCUCUGUGGUGUGCAAAGAUGAAUGCAGGCACCCUGGUUGGGGAGAUAUGAGAAGUGGGAAGUGACGUCACUGUGGAGCAUCUUAUGAGCAGCAGAAGUGGGGGGAGGGAGGGUGGAAUACAGGAGGUGGCUGCCUUAGCAACGGCCUUUUCCCAACAAAAGGCAUUGAGCCAGGUGCAGGGAAGCUUUUGCCAACCUGGUGCCUCCCAGGAGGUUUUUGUACUACAGCUGUGCUGGCCGGGAGUUGAUGGGAGCUGUGGUCUAAAACAUCUGGCGAGCACCAGGUUGGUGCAGAGACAUCAGCCUGUUGUUGUACCAGGACUGCCGGUUUCCCACCCUGUGUCUCACACUCAGACAAGCACUGAUGAAGCUAGGAGAAGGUGGCCCCAUUUUAGGUAGAAGGGCAGGCUUUUUGUCAAUCUAGUUUUGCCAAGAAUUAAAAAAAAAUGUGGGGGAAAGAAAAGGAAGGGGAAGAGUUAAUAGGCCUAUUGUAGUAGGCUGAGAUAUGUAACUGAAGUGAAGGCUGGGCCUCACCAUGAACUUGGGGAGAGCUUUUGGCAGAGAAGUAAGAGUAAAUGCGGAGUAUUACUGCUUGAAAAUUGGUCAGAAUUUGGUUUAUUGGCACUAGCAUCAUGUAUUGUAUAUCCAACGAUAGGGACGGGAACAAUGGGUUACUGUGCUAUUUGUAUCCCUCAAUGAAGGAAGUUCUGCUUCUCCGUCUUGCCCAACAUCUUUUCAAGGACUGGUUGGAAAUUUUAAUUAAAAUUGGUCCCCUAGUCUAAUUGCCCUUUCCAGAAGAAACAUACAGCAGAACUGGAAAACGUAUGGGAAAGGGAAGCUGAAUUGAUCAAGGAAGAAGAUGGCUCAUGGGGUUGCAGUGAGAGAGAAUAAAACUAUGGGUGCUUAAUACUUACAGUAUCAUGAAAGAAAAAAAUAUUCACACACUUUCUAAAAAUGCAAGUAAUCUUAUGGACUUUGGCUGAACUUGGCACACAAAGCAAGCAAAAGGAAGUUUUUAUUUAUUUAUUUACAAUAGCCAUGGCUUGUAUGGUUAAUUUAUAAAGUGCCUAACGAAUGAAGCAGAGAAAGAACAGAGAGGAGAUGAUAUUGAUGAAGAAGAUUCAAAAAUUCUGAAUUUUUAAUUACAGUACUAUUAUUCCAAAACAUAACAAAGCUGCAAAAAGAUGCAAAAAUUGGAAAGAAAAAGGAGAUUAAGAUAUUUAAAUAGAUAUAAAGGUACCCCUGCCCAUACGGGCCAGUCGUGUCCGACUCUAGGGUUGUGCGCCCAUCUCACUUAAGAGGCCGGGGGCCAGCGCUGUCCGGAGACACUUCCGGGUCACGUGGCCAGCGUGACGAAGCUGCUCUGGCGAGCCGGCACCAGCACAGCACACGGAAACGCCGUUUACCUUCCCGCUAUAAAGCAGUACCUAUUUACCUACUUGCACUUAGGGGUGCUUUUGAACUGCUAGGUGGGCAGGAGCUGGGACCGAACGAUGGGAGCUCACCCCGCCGCGGGGAUUUGAACCGCCGACCAUGCGAUCGGCAAGCCCUAGGCGCUGAGGUUUUACCCACAGCGCCACCCGCGUCCCUUAAAUAGAUAUACUAAACACUUUUUUACAUAUUUGUUUGAUGGUGGGUCCAGUUUUUUACAUGCCUUUGCCAUGUCCCCAAGAGCAUUUGUGGGUCUGCAUUUUCCUGUGUGAUGCAAACUUUACCAGCAUAGGUGGGUGUUACACAGUACAACAGAAGUAAACAGGAAGAGCUAGAGCUCAGUGGCAGAGCAUCUGCCCUGUGUGCAGAAGAUCCCUAAACUCAGUCCCCAGCAUCUCCAGAUGGUGGUGGGAUAAAGGCCCACCUGAAACCCUGAAGAGCAGCUGUCAGUCAGUGCUGACAGUACUGAGUUAGAUAACCCAGUUGUCUGAUUUGUCAUAAGGCAGCUUCCUAUCUUCCAGUGAAAAUGACAUCUACAAUGCAAUCCUAUGCAAGUUUCCUUGAAGUAGAUCCCAUUUUGUUUGGUGGGGCUUACUCCCAGGUAAGUGUGCAUAGGAUUGCACCCUUAACUGAUUGUUUUUGUUUUGUGUGAGACCUAUAUUCCAUUUUAAGAAUGCUGUGCAGGAAAACCAGGGUCGAAAGUGCACUUCAGAGGAAAGGCACCUGGAGAACCUUGAAUUUAUUUAGGUUUCUCCAUCAAUAUUGCCUCCCAUAUCCUAGUGGACCAGCUUCUGGUUUGCCUUUUCCCUGAAAAAAUUGCAGCAAUUUGUUUUAAAGGGACUUGUUCACUCCGUGCAUGAUGGAUUCAUCACCAGCAACUGCCAGAAAUGUAGUCUCUGGGCACAAUCCAACAAAAAUUAAUUUUUACUCAGUUCCUGUCUGCACUAUAUAUUUAAAACAGUAUCAGACCACUUUAAGCAUGUCUUCACCCCCAAAGAAUCAUGGGAACUGUGGCCUUUUAAAGGAAGGUGAGAAUUUUUAGGAGACCCCUUUUCCCCUCACAGAGCUACAGUUCCCCAAGUUCUCAGGGAGAGGAAUUGCCUGUUGGGCUACUCUUGGGAACUGUAGCUCUGUGAGGGGAAAAGGGAUCUCGUAACAAGUCUCAGCACCUUUAACAAACUACAGUUCCCAGGAUUCGUUGGGGGGAAGCCUUGACUGUUUAAAGUGGUAUAUUACUGCAUUAAAUGUAUAGUGCGGAUGGGGCCUAAGUCACAUGCCAUUGUUUUCAGUAAGAAUGAAUAACUGUUGCCGGAUUUUCAGUGGAGAAAUGUUGGAGGGUAUAGAGUUAUGUGACCCCUGAGCCAAGGAGAUAAGUAACUAUUACAACCUUUAGAAGACAUCUGUAUAGGAAAGUUUUUUAAAAUGUUUAAUGCUUUAUUAUGUUUUUAUAUAUGUUGGAAACCACUCAGGAUGGCUGGGGCAGAUGGGCAGGGUAUAACUAAUAAAAUUGUGUUGUUGAAUAGGACAUCCCUAUUUUCUUCAGAGAAAUAUUGGAGGGUAUGCUAUUCACUGUGUGUACUGCCAUAAAUCUUGCAUGAAAAAGAACCCAGAAACCCAGGAGAGUAGAUGGUAGGGAUAAGAAUACACUGAAGGAUACUCCUCUACAGAGGGGAGUGCAACUGGUUGCAUUGGGUAUGGAACCUUGGGGGCGCCAAAUUAUGAUGUAGAAUGGAAGACGAGAGGCAGGAGGCCCCAAACUUUGGUGUCACAAAGGGUGCUGCUGAAAUUUGAGACCCCAAAGUCUGCCGCUUGCUAGCCAGCCCUCUGAGCCUUGUGCUGAUUCACCCCAUAGUCCUAUUGGCCUGCGAUCAAGAGCACACAACAAGUCAGCAUGGCAUCUACAUCGUUGAGGUUUUAACUGACAAUCCUUGAACAGCAUAGGAUCCAUCUCAGAGUUGGAUAUCAGCGACUGCAUCUAAAACCCUUUCUCCUUCCAUCCAUUUGCCUUUUGCUGUCAAACCUUAGCUUCAAACAGCCCCAGGGCCAGCUGGCAGUGUGGGCGUCAGGAGGACGAUCCAUGCGAACCUGCCUGCAGGGGGGGGGAAAUCAGCACUGAGUUAGAAAGAGAUAGAGCAGGAAGGAAAACAAAACAGUUGCACAGGGCUUUGGAUUCAUUGCUUUCCAAAAUCGCCUCUAUUUUUUUGCAGAGAGGGCCGGUGUGGUUGUGGGGGAGCAGGGGGUAAAGAGGCAGCAGAGGAUGGGAGAUGGUGCUGAUUUGCAUAAGAUUUGCAUAGGUUAAUUUAUAUGUAUAUGUGCAAAUUUAUAAAUCAUUCCUGCACUUUAAAUAGAAAUGCAAUGCCUCUCACCAUAGUGGGGAAGACUGUCCAGGUGAUCUAAGUUUCUGAUAGGUCUGCUGUCUAGGUGGGGGUCUUUGCUGAUAGGCAGCUUCAAAGCCCUCGUUCUGCCGCCACCUCCUCCUCCUUUAAACUGGACUUAGGCUGGGCAGCCAUUUACAUAAGAGGAUCUUCAAAACAGAGGACUCUUCUCUGUAAGGUAGGACACACAGCCACCUAGGUAGACCUAGGCAUAUGCAGCUACCAUUUGGUCGUGGAUAAGGAGAUCUCAUUCAGUGUUGCUGGAUUUAAAGCAAAACAGGACUGUUCAAUGAAGGAGCAGAGGGGAAGAACAUUCUGCUGCACAAGGACCUUGUGCUGACAUAAUGUUCAUAUCAGGGUGAUGAAAAUGGAUAAAUGGGGGCCACAAUGAAUGCAACCCAGCAUGUCCCACUUUCCUCUGUGGCAGCAAGGAGGAGGGAUUCUGUGGCCGAUGCUCUUGAGAUCCUUUAGCAGGGCUCCCUGAAGGGAGAGUGUUUAAGAACAAUGGCCUUGGUGCUGUGCAAAUAGAGAAGAGACUCUAUUGUCACUGAUAUGAUCAGUGGUGAAUUGAAGAGAGAAACAAAAGAGAGCUGGGGCUUUGACUUUCCUGAAAGCCAUACCUUGUGAUCAGAGAGAGCUGGCUGCUAUCCCAGAUGUUUGGGAGGGGCAGACUGUGUAUGUUCAAUAAGGAAAUGAAGGCACUCUGCUUAUGUCUGGAAGCCACUUCACAUUUCCCAGAGCCGAGACCCAGCGUUCUGAUAGCAAUUUCUGGUUUGAAUGAAAUCUGUCAAAGGCUCUUUCUAUUCUGGGGAAGAGGAAGGAAGAGGAGACCACUUCGUACUCAUGCUUUGGAAAGAAUGAGAGGAACCAUUUGUCGGGGUCUGGUCAAGAAUAAACUGGGGAGAGGAAAAGCCCUCCUUAAAAGCUGGGUUCCUCUUUCUCCCCAUACACUUCAUGCUCAAACCUGGUUAUGGUGUUUUGUUUUGCUUUCUUGGACUCCCACUGUAGAUUCUCCGUGAAAACAUUGCUGGAGAAAUAUACCAUCGAACCCAUUGAUGACUCAUCAGAGGAGUUUGUGAACUUCGCUGCUAUUCUAGAACACAUCCUCAGCCAUCGCUUCAAGGGGGAUCAUGGUACGGUUUGCACUGAUGGGUGAUUUCUCUCCCUCCCUCCCUCCCUCUCUGUCAUUCUUAGUUUUAUUGUCCUCAUUUUCAGCACUAUUGCUACACAGGUGUGGGGGACCUUUGGCCCUCCGAGAGAGUUGUUGCAGAACUCCAGCUCCCACCAUCCCCAGCCAUUGGCCAUAUUUGCUGAGGCUGAUGGGAGUUGUAGUUCAGCAGCUUCUGGAGGCCAGAGGUCCUUCCCCCCCCAACACCUGCUAUGCAAUGUAUAUGGGGGUUGAGCAAAUAUUGCAUCGUGUGUCACGGUGCAGGGAGACGACAGCAUUGCAGGUUUGACUGAGGGCUAAGCUGGAAGUGAUACCGUGCACACAAUUAGCAAAUUGCAUAAAUGGCUUUCACAAAGUAAACUGCAGAUGCAGUGGGCCACUCCUUAUGGGGACCCUGGUAUGAAGGCUGAGAGACUUUCACCCAUCCCCUGCCCUCCACUGCAGCCCUAAUCUGGACACUCUAUGCCUGUUCUUUGCCUCGGGAGGGGAGGCAGCUCCCAUUCACUCCAACCGGAUCUCCUUCCCCGGUGCAAAACAUGGUGCAGGAGACCGGAUCAGGAUCCCCACCCCCAAUUCACUUUUUAGGAGCCAUUCAUGGGAUUGUCAACUGCAUGAGCAGCACUUCAUCUAGUCUGGCCCGGAUAAGUGCAUUUCCUGGCUAUCGUGCAACAAGUGUGGGGAAAUCCUUUUAAUUAAUCCUAGUAUUUUCUCCAAACCCUGGCUGGCUGACCAAGUGCACUUGCUUCUGGCCUAGCUUUUGCAGUUCUUACCGCAACCCUGUGAUGUGUGCCUGUAUUAUUAUCCCCCUGUUCCACACGGAAGGCCUGAGCCUGAGAGCCAGAGAUAGUGGCUUGUCAAAGGCCAAGCAGUGACUUCAAUGGCUAAGCUGAAAGUUUAGUUAGAUUUCCUCCUCCCAGUUCAUCGCUUGUGUUCUUAACCAUUGUGUUUACCGGAACCAUUCCCCCAGGCAGACACCUGAUACUGUAAAAGUUAGCAGUCUGGGGUUCCAAAGUGUAUGGCAGAGCCUCACCAAGCAUGCCUGCCUCUAGGUCUAUCAUUCAGAGAAGGGGUGGAAGACCUGUGCUCCUCCAGAUGGUAAAGGUAAAGGGACCCCUGAGCAUUAGGUCCAGUCGUGACCGACUCUGGGCGCUCAUCUCGCUUUACUGGCCUAGGGAGCCGGCGUACAGCUUCCGGGUCAUGUGGCCAGCAGGACUAAGCCACUUCUGGUGAACCAGAGCAGUGCAUGGAAACACUGUUUACCUUCCCACCAGAGCGGUACCUAUUUAUCUACUUGCACUUUGAUGUGCUUUCGAACUGCUAGGUUGGCAGGAGCUGGGACUGAACAACAGGAGCUCACCCCGUCGUGGGGAUUCGAACUGCCGACCUUCUGAUCAGCAAGUCCUAGGCUCUGUGGUUUAACCCACAGCACCACCCGUGUCCCCCUCCAGAUGGUGGUGGACUCCAAUUCCUGUCUGCCCCACCCAGCAUAGGGGAUGAUGGGAACUGUAGUCCAGCAACAUCUGAAUGCCCAUAUAUUCCUUAUCCCUGAGCUGAUGCAAAAGAAAGGCUUGAGAAAGAAGAUUGAGCAAGGUUUUUAUGCCCUUGGAUUAUAUUAUUUGGUUGUUUGGCUAGUGCUACCAGAGUAUUUUCCAGAGCAGGUGGGUGAUAGAUAGGCAGUAGUUCUAUUGUUUACAUCCUGUCUUCCCUGCCUCUUCCUCAGGUCCUGUCAGCUGGUUCAGCUCUGAUGGGCAACGUGGCUUCUGGGAUUACAUCCGACUGGCCUGUAGCAAAGUCCCAAAUAACUGCGUCAGUAGCAUUGAGAACAUGGAGAACAUCAGCACCUCUAGAGCCAAGGUCAGAAGCCCUCAUUGACUGAGGCAAGCCCUGUUGCUCACCCUUCCCUUGCAGCUGUGCUGCUGAAUGCUCACGGGGAACCACUGAAAUAAUGCAGAAAGGGAAUCCCUUUUCCAAAAUGGUUAUUGCCAUGCUCCUACAAAAAACAAACAAACAAAAAAACACAUUAGCAACUUAUUUCCAUUUCACAAUUCUAGGAUGACUACCUCAGGACAGAGAUACACCACUAAGAAGGAAGGGAAAAUGGCUUCAUAAAUAAUAAUAAUAAUAAUAAUAAUAAUAAUAAUAAUAAUAAUAAUAAUUUUCCCCAGCCAAUAAUAAUAAUUUUUCUGUUGGCGGCUCCCAACAGAAUUAAAAGCACAAUAAAACAUCAGACAUUAAAAAGUUCCCUAAACAGGGCUGCCUUUAGAUGUCUUCUAAAAGUCUGAUAGUUGUUUAUUUCCUUGACAUCUGACGGGAGGGCGUUCCACAGGGAGGGCACCACCACCAAGAAGGCUCUCUGCCCGGUUCCUUGUAACCUCCCAUCUCGCAGUGAAGGAACCGCGAGAAGGCCCUCAAAGCUGGACCUCAGAACAAUGGGGGUGGAGCGCUCCUUCAGGUAUACUGGGCUGAGGCCAUUUAGGGCUUUAAAGGUCAGCACCAACACUUUGAAUUGUGCUCGGAAACGUACUUAAUCAGUUUACAGAGGUGUAUAAAUUGAUAGUUAUUUGAUUUGCAACAGCAGUUUACAACCAGUUACACCAUUCCCUUUCAAGAUCCAAAACUCUUCAAAAUGUUUCAGACUCUUCAGACUUGUUUACUCUGCAACUUCCUUGACAGAAAGAGCUUCCAGGACUUUUGGUUCAACACAGAUAUACAUGUGUUGAUUAGAAGCUGUCAUUUCUUCAUAUUCUGUUUUGAAUCAUUAAUAUUUUGUAAACUGUCAACGUAUAUUCCUUUUGAUCAUUGUGUCACAUCCACACCUUACCAUUAAAGCAAUUUUACCAAUUCCCCCUAAGCAGUUUUUCCCCCAGCUUCUCAAAAGUAAAUUUAUUAGGAUCUACUACAUUAACAGAGAGGGGAUGUUGGGCUAAGUGAUUUGUGAGACGCAAAUUCUAUGCUUAGUAAAUACAAUUCCCUCAUAUUUAAGCUGCUGUUGUUUUUCAUGAAUACCAGAUUAGUUUGAGAUUUGAUAUUAAGCAGCUUACUUCAGGAGAAAAGAAAGGAUAACAAUUUUGUUUUAUUAACAUUAAUCUUGUAAUAUGCUACCUUAAAAAUCAUUCAUCAUUUUUUAUCACAUCCAGUAUCGACUUAUCUGGAUCAGAAUUUAUUAGAACAAUAUUGCCUCCAUAUAUACAGAGCUCAACCCUAUCAAAUUUAAUUCAUCUAUUUCAUGUAGAAUGUGUAGAACAGUGGGUCACAAACUUCUGACAGCUGAAGCACUUUUCUUUUCUAAAUUAAAAUUGGUGGCACACUUUUCUUACAAGCAGUGAGGCAAGAAUUGCCAAACCGGAGUGGGACUCAACCAUCUUUUUUAUGAAUCACUGAUCUUGAUAUGACUGGAAAGCGAUGCACCCAGAGCAGUGAUUCAACCAGAGGUGCCUAAUGGGCAGCCUCCUCUGAGAAUGGACAAUUCCGGAGUCUCUAUGAUGGCAGCGAUUGAAUUAUCCCUUCACAGUGAUGCAGAGUUAGCAAAGCGAUCUGAGUGCAGUCAAGGCUGAUUGGAAGGAAACAAGGCCAGAGCAGUCGAUAAAUAAUGCAAGUGAUGCAAUGAUCCAUAAGCCUUGACUGUGGGUGGGUCCUUGCAGCCCACAGCAGCCUUUAUUUAUUUUAUUUAUUGCACACAUAGCAUAGAGUUUAUGAUUUACUGACCUAGAGAAUAUGAAAGAGCAACCAUUAAGGCUGGCAAUGAAAUAUUUGGUGAUGAUGGAUGUUAUUACAGAAUGGUGUGUGUUCUCAUGCUUACGACUUUUGGUCUGAACCUAGCAUCCUUGACCACUAUGGUGCUAAUGAUGGAAAGUCAAAGUGAAACAUUUUGGAACGCAGUCCAAUCCUCUCCAUUCAGUCCAUGUUUACCUAGAAGUGAGCCCCAUUGAUUUCAGUAGGAUUGACUCCUGUGCAAGGAAGCUUAAGAUGGCAGUCUUAGAGAGGGAAGAGACAAAGGCUGUGUUCACACAUUAAAAUGCUGCUAGAUGGUGUGUGCUUUUCCUCCCCAAUUUGGAUCAAAACUGUUUUAGGGAGAAACUCCUCAAAGCAUAGGGUUUGGGGUGUUUUGUUUUUUUUGUAAAAAUGAAUAAAUGACAGGAUAUUGUUAGGAUAUAUACAGUGGUACCUCGGGUUACAUACGCUUCAGGUCACAUACGCUUCAGUUUACAGACUCCACUAACCCAGAAAUAUUACCUUGGGUUAAGAACUUUGCUUCAAGAUGAGAACAGAAAUCCUGCAGCAGCAGCGCAGCGGUAACAGGAGGCCCCAUUACCUAAAGUGGUGCUUCAGGUUAAGAACAGUUUCAGGUUAAGAAUAAACCUCCAGAAUGAAUUAAGUUCUUUUUUUUUUAAAUGAUAUUUAUUACUUUUUUAACAUUUCCAACACAAACAAAAGAAGAAAAAAAGAAAAAAAGAAAAAACAAUGCAAAUACAAUACAAAAACUCUACAUAAACUAAAAAAACAAAUAAAAACAAGCAAAAACAGUUUAAAAUCACCUCAAACAUUUUCAAUAUCUUAUAUUUCAUUCACUUAUUUCCAGUGACCUCCUUCCACCUCCCUUUUUGCAUUCCACUUCUAUUAUUUGUUUCAGCAAUUCCUUUCCAUCUUACUCUGUUUUCUGUUCUAUAAUUAUCUUUACACAUUCUUGCCAUACUUUUCCUUAACUAUUCUAUUAAUCUAUUUAUACCUAAUUCCUUAUGACAUUUCUGCUAAAGCCAUAUAAUUUCAUUCCAACAUUUUUCUAACAUUCCUUAAUUUUACAAUAUCUCUCUAAAUGGUCUUUAAACUUUUUCCAUUCUUCUUCCACCGACUCUUCACCCUGGUCUCGGAUCUUGCCAGUCAUUUCCGCCAAUUCCAUAUAGUCCAUCAAUUUCAUCUGCCAUUAUCCAACGUUUCAUUGUUUUCAAAAAACAACCAUUCUCUCAACCAGCAAAACCAUUUCUCAACCAUUCUCUCAACCAGGUCCUCCUCCUUCUUUGGCAUCCAUCAAUAUCUUAAGUUUUACUCGAGGCUUCCUGCCCUGCCAGACAACUCUAGGAGCAUCCCUCUGCCACCUCCUGAAACCCUCCAUCCCAUACAAAGCUUGCAGUGUUUGAAACAAAAGCAACAUCCCCAACAACACAGCAGCCCUCAUCCCUACCACAAUAACUCGACCCAACAGUGACAACUUCUGAUUUGUCCAUAUUUCCAAAUCCCCCUUCUCUUCAAUCCAGCAUCCCUCACGGUUAUCCUUAAGCAGAUUCACAUUUAACCCCAAAUACCUCUCUUUCUUAACCAAUGUUAGUAUCGCCUCCUGAAACUCUGUCAAGCUUUCCUUUUCCAAUUCAGAUAGGGCUCUGGUCCUCAAAUUCAUCCGUUCUUCUUUAAGUUCAGUCAUAACGAAUGUCAACUUAUGUUCGUCAGGUUGUCUUUGUAUGGAUGGGACUCUCCUCUCCAGUUGUAUUAUUUUAGAUUCAGCAGCAAGGGUUUUUCCCCUGACUUCAUCUGCAGUUUGCCAUAUCGAAGUAGAUUCCUGUGUCAGUUUCUGAAUGGUUUCUGAAUUAGUAUUCACCUUUUGUCCCAAGUUAUUUAAGCUUUCUACUGUUGAGUCAAUUUCAAUAUUUGCAACAUCCAAUUUCACAUUUCUCGCAUCUAUUUUCUUGUGGAGUUGUUCCAGCAAAUCGUUUAUUUUCAAUAAUGCAGCCACUAAGGCCUCCUCUGUCGACAUCCCGCCUGUUUUUUCCUUUCCGUUUGCCAUAACACUUAAAAGAUUCAAGGUCAAAUCCAAAGUCUCACACUUUCUUAUCUUGCAGCUGGAAAACCCCCUAGCCCAGCUCCUAUCAAGUAACCAAUUUCAAAAGCUUCCACUAGUGGAAAGCGAGUUGUAUUUGUAUCGGUCAGUAUGUUCCCUUUUAAACACAGUUUCAAUAAUCCAAAAUUAGUUUCAAUUUUCAGUUACUUUCCUCCUUUUUUAAUAAAGUUCAGUAAGAUUGUUUCAAUUUUCCGUUACUUUACUCCUUUUUAAGUGCAGACGAAGACAAUGGAAACAAUGUAUCUCUCUUAUGCUAGCUGUCACCGAACGUUCUAUUCGCUGUCAAUGAACCUUCCAAAGCACAUCGAUUUUACUGGCAGCCCGUUUCCAGGUUCGGAACGGUGGUAUUUUAACUUCCUCACUCACUCCUGCAGGGAUAUACAAUCCAAAGCCUCCCCCCUCUUCUCCUGCUUCCAAGGGGGAAGUUCUUGAAUUAAGUUCUUAACCCGAGGUACCACUGUAUGUAGAUAUGGAUUGUGAUUAACUUAAGGAUCCAGCCCUCCCCAAACCAGUAAUGGAAGCACACAAAGACUCCUCACAACCCAUUUAUUAUGAAGCAGCAUUGUUUGAAUUUGGUUAAUGGUAACCUGACUUUCUAAGAUUUCCCCCCAAAGCCGUCUUGAUGUCACAAUGUGGAUCCAUGUUGAACCAACUAUAGGCCCCAUUCAGGUAAUUUUUGUUAAGUUUACUUGAGUUGGUCACAAUGUGUGGCAUUCAGUACUACCUCUUGGGCAGAGUUAAUGGACACGACUAACUCAGGUUCAUGAAUUUCGAUGGGUCUGAGUAGGACUUACCUGAAUACAACCUAAUAUAUUAAAAACAGCCGUGCAAAUCAGCUGCAGUUCCGCCAGUUUUAACAAACUUUCUAUUUUAGGGCCGGGCAUGGAUCCGAGUGGCACUGAUGGAGAAGCGCAUGUCCGAGUACAUCACCACAGCCCUUCGGGACACCAGAACCACCAGGUGGGCAUCUCUGGGGCUUGUAUCAAAGUGCAUUUGGGGUAUAAGGCAUUCCUUCUCACGUGCUCACAUUAUUUCCCUUUGCUGCCCUGCCAACUCUGCUUUGUAGAUUUUUGAAGCCCUACAAUUGCACUUUCAAGACCUUAAAACAAAGUCCAAUAUACUCAGCCUCCUGGGAGAGGCGAUUAUAAUGUUAUCUGUAUCUAUACACCCUUCUCCAACCUCCUAAAACACACACACAAAUUGAUAGUCCCUUUUCAAAUAAAGAAGAGAGAUGCAAGGCUCAUUAAUUUAAUUCAUAAAAUAAGACCUCACUUAUAGAUUAAGGCCUCUUUUCUGUAAACUGCUUUGGUGUGUUUUCUUUUUUCAAUCAAGCAGUAUAUAAAUGUUAUGAAUUAGAUAAAUGAUCUGUAUUGGAGAAUUUGCCCAUUUCCUCACAGCAAUUGUACUCCCUACAGGAGAUUUUAUGAUGACGGGGCAAUCAUGCUGAGAGAGGAAUCAACCGUUCUCACAGGGAUGCUGAUAGGGCUCAGUGCCAUAGACUUCAGGUAUGUGCACACCCUCUUCUUCUCCAGAUCAUUCGCCCUAAAGUGCUAUUGCUUUAAGAGAUAUUUCUUACAUUGUUAUAUCUAUGGGGGGGGGGCAUAUGCACUAAGGAAUGCUGACUUAUCUUCUGCUAUGUUUCUGGCACAUAGUUCCCACGGUUUCUUGUGUCACUCCCCCCCAGCUAGGGCUUUGUCUCUUGUGGAGGGAGAAUUGGUACUCUGUACAUGUUCAGAAAAAAGGGAUGCAGGUGGCGCUGUGGGUUAAACCACAGAGCCUAGGACCUGCCGAUCAGAAGGUCAGCGGUUCGAAUCCCCGUGACGGGGUGAGCUCCAGUUGCUCGGUCCCUGCUCCUGCCAACCUAGCAGUUCAAAAGCACGUCAAAGUGCAAGUAGAUAAAUAGGUACCGCUCCGGCGGGAAGGUAAACGGCGUUUCCGUGCGCUGCUCUGGAUCGCCAGAAGCAGCUUAGUCAUGCUGGCCACAUGACCCAGAAGCUGUACGCCAUCUCCCUCAGCCAAUAAAGCGAGAUGAGCGCCGCAACCCCAGAGUCGGUCACGACUGGACCUAAUGGUCAGGGGUCCCUUUACCUUUACCUUUAUGUUCAGAAGCAAUCUUCUGAACUGUAGGGCUCAAUAAUAUUUAUAAUUAUUCCCAAGCUCUAUUGAGACCCAAUCCAGUUCAGGGUCAACUUUUAUUUGAGGUAUUAACUGCCUGAUUGGUCAGGUUUCAUAAUAAAGGUGAAGGCUCCGUACUCCCAACCCUUCAUCUUCUCAAGAUCUGGAAUAAGUAAGUCUAGAUCGCUUACCAGUGUUAAUAAAUGUAUGUUUGCCAUUUUCCAGUCAUUCCUUUUUCUAGGCAAAUUGGAAGAGGAAAAUAAGCCUUGGGGAGGAGAGUCAUAAUAAUUGUGGCUGUCCUUUCCUAGUUGAGCGAGAUUAAGUUUUCGCCAACAAUCCAUGUCUUUCCUACAGUCCUUGAGAAGCAUCUCAGCAUUCUGCUUCUUCAGCCGACGUAAACCUUUGGGGGAUUGUUAUUCCCAAAUGUGUGAUGCUACGAGGUUGCAAUCGCAAUCCAAAUUGCACCUGCAGCAGUAAUUGUUCCUCUAGAGGGGUGUCUCCCCGCAUGGCACUGAGGACUCAGAGUAGUCUACUUCCAAGCCAGCUGCCUCCAUGAAGAUAAGCAACGUUCCCUGAAUUUCAGGAAAGGCUUCCUUUGGGUUGUUAAGCAUCAGUAAAACACCAUCCGUGAACACGUUAAUAACAUAUCUAUUCUUCUUGCUCUCUAUAAAGCCCUCUGCUUUAAGAUUACUUCAUAUAACUUUGGCCAUGGUUUCUACUUCAAAAAUGAAGCAAAUGAGAUAGAAGGCACUCCCGCCUCAUACCUCUGCUCAGAUUAAACAAAAACCAAAGAACUGAGCCCAAGCCAUUUGCUCUCACUUUUGCUCUUGCCUUUUAAUAAGUGCGCUAAGUUACAUUUAUGAAUCAUUUGCCCAAACCAAGCUGGAAAAGCGAUUGCAUCAUAAAUCUGCUUUGCCCUCUAGUGCCUCUUUAACAGACAUGUAACAGCCUCUCAGAUCACUGCAUAUAUCAGUCUCUACCAGCCGGUGACUCUUAGCUAAUAUUAUUGCCAGUCUUCUAGUUUUAGAAGAAAUGUAGGCAUUGGAUUACAGUUUUUGCCCAGCAGUUUCUGCUUUAUAACAUUUCUGUGUUCUGCUUUCUCUGGUGCGUUUCCUGCAGAAAUUCGACAUCCGGUUUGUAAGCUUUCCGAAGAGCAGCAGCUCUUGCUCUAUUGGUUGCCACAUCCAAUCUCUCAACAUUUAGAAACAGCAUUUUAAUUUAUUACCCAACAUUGGCAGAAGUCAUGCUAUGUUGAACAAUCUUGUUACUCAGCCUCCUUGCUGUGCUUUCCCCCCUGGUUUACACCAAACUGGCAUGCCUUGAUACUUGAUCAUACACAGGUUGUGCAAAGCUAGGUGCACUUUUUCUUUUACACAACAGCAAUAGCAUUUCUCACUAUGAGGCCUCUGGCAUUCCUGCCAUUUUGGUGGUUCUGUAGAUGUGCUCAAAGUCACCUGAGGAGAGCUCCUAAUCUGUCCUGAGAUCUUCGAACCACUGUAAUAUAAACGUUCCGGGAUCUUCCACCCAUUUGUGGGUUCCUUGCACCAAAUAUUAGCCCAGUGCCCCCCAUUUUCCUUUUCCUCCAUGCCCAGUUUCCUCCAUGUCCAUGCUUAUCGGCUGUUUUGGCAACCUCUUGCAUUUGGGCAUGAAUAUCAUUUAGAGUUUGAUUAAUCAGGGACAAGGCUUCUUUCAAAUCAUCCGCAAAAGUAUUCCUCAUUCAUCUGAAUUGGUGAGAACGCUUCUGCCUUCUGACCGCCUGCUCAUAAAUUUCGGAGUCUUACUUCCCUCGUUCCUGCUUCCUGUCAUGUCAAUUUCAAUUGACAGUUCAGAUUUCAGACCUAGAUUGGGCUAAUAACUAUGUUUAGAAGCUUCCCACAGUCUUCUGUUGGUAUGAGGUUGCAUCCCUUUGGGAGCACAAUGCAUUUGAAGUCUCAAUGUGUUCAAAGGUUGCUGUUGUUUAGUAAAAAAAGAGAGAGAGAGAAAAAAGGCCUUAAAGAGCAGCUUAAAGUUAUGCAGCCAUCUUGAGCCACAGCCUUCUCAUGAAGAUUUGUGUUAAGUUAAGUUGUGGGUGAACAUAUCAGACGACACAGUGAUUCUCCAAACAGCUCUUGUUUAUUCACAGGCCAGGACAGAACUGAACUGAAGGGUUCAGUCAGCCUGCUUAUAUAGAGCUCCAGUACAACGUAACUGUAGCAACUUUCUAAAACUAUCCAAUCACUGAACCUCACUUUCGAUCCCUUAUUUGCAUAUCUAUCUACAGUAUCCCCCUGCUGGCCCAGGGUGAGAACUUCAGUACAUAACAGUAGUCAUGAAAGAAAUGCAGCACUUUUUAGUCCUUAAGGUGCCGCAAGGUUGUUAGUUUUCAAGGCUCCACUUAGUUGUACGUACACGAUAUGAAAAUUGUUAUUCAAUCCUAAACCAUCUGAGUCUUCUAAAGGACAGGUGUGUUGAGAUAGCUUUUGAUAACUUGCUUUCCUUUGCAUUCCUUCCUGUUGUGAUCAUGUUUUGCAGUUUCUGCUUGAAAGGGGAAAUUAUGGAUGGCAAAACGCCUGUGGUUAUUGACUACACUCCAUACCUGAAGUUUACCCAGAGGUAAGGGCUACUGCGUCUGCAGACAGCCUUUGAGUGUGAAGUUCAGGGCCAAGAAAGAUGACGUUAGAGGGUUCCUUGAACAUGUUGUUCUGAACAAAGGAUUCAGCAUUUGGGUAGUUUUCAGCUUGUUGCCAAUAAAACGCAAUGCGACCAAUAUGUUUAAAGCAUCUUACAAACAGAAAAAUAAGGUGGGCCAUAAAAACAGACAUGUGUCAAAAGUGAGGGUGAUUCAGAAUGAUCCUGGGUUUACACGUUACAGGACAGUGUAGUGAGAAUGUUGUGGUAGAAUUCGGAGGUGGCAGAAUUAAUUAAAUCGCUCUGGACUGCAGGUUGGGGAACGCCACUUUUGAAUGUUUCCCCAACAUAAAACAAAAAAACCCUCUUCACAAAUAGAAAACUAGCAGAAUAAGAGAGGGAACUGUGCUAGUCCCCCCCCCCCCGGACAUUUUUGGUUUGUUUUUAAUGUUUGCAUUCUAAAAUGGUAUUGCGUACCUGCAGAGUGAUACAACCCACUUUAUCCUACUUCAAGAGUUUACUAUUUCAUGCUGCUACGGCUGCAGGACUAGCCCUAACAUUGGGCAGAGUGUGGCAACCACCUCAGGCAGCAGGUGCUGAGGAGCAGGGAGUAGACAGAGCUGUGUUUGUCCCACAACCUGCCCUGUACCCCUAAGCCAGCUAGGUGUGGUAAAGGACACUAACCCAUUGCUAGCGUUAAAGUAACAUUCAACUUCCAGUCUUGUCAGCUUUCAUACAUGGAAUGGGGUGGGAGAGGGAGGUGCCAUCAUAUCCUUUACCUCAGGCAGCAAAAUGUUUUGGGCCAGCCCUGGGCAGUCUGGAAAGGUGUCUUUUACUAGCAGCGGUGGAAAACCUCCAGCCUGCAGCCCCAAUUCGGGCUGCCAGGCCUCCCUAUUAGGCUUGCAACACUGCUUUGGCCACCUACCCCACACCUGGCAUCAUAUAUGACAGGAUUUUUUGGGCAGGGGGAUUCCCCAAACCAUUCAAAUAGAACAGCUCUGUCUGACCAUUAAACAAGCAAAUAUGCGUCCUACUUCAGUUCCUUUCAAUGCAACUGGCAUCUUAAUCUUUGUAAGCAGCUAUGAUUACCUAAGUGACGAGGAGGACCGACGCAGCUUGGAGAGCAGUACAAGUGAAGACAGUUCCCCUGACCACCCCUACUUACCGCUAGUGACGGCCGAAGACAGCUGGUACAACAAAUGGCGGAAGAUGGAGCAGAAGUUCCGCAUUGUCUAUGCACAAAAGGUACUUGGACCUCAAGUGCUGCGCAUGAUUCGGAGAACCAAACUGCAAUGGCAUUAAAUGCAUCUUUGCUGGCAGAUUUUUAAAAUGCAAAUUGUAUCAGCUCAGGGGGGUGAAAAUGAGCAGGAAUAGAGCAGAUAUGGAAAGGAAAUCAAAUCAUCUCAUCCCAUCCAUUGGUCCUGAGGCAAAUCCUUCCUCUGCAUAUAGUAUUUGCAUUGGGGUUGGGGGGCAGUCAGGGAUGGCUCAUUGGCACAAAUUUGAACCCGGGUCUUCCCACUUCCAGUUUGAUGCUCUUAACCCAGGGGUGGGGAACCUGUGGCAUUCAGAUAUUGUUGCACAACCAUUUCUGCCAUCCUAGAUACUUGACAGUUCAGGCUGAGGACAAUGGGGCUUUAUGCUGCUUUUACUGUUGUUUCAAUUUGUUGUAAUCCAUUCUGGGAACCUUUGGUCGGAAGAAUGGGCUAUUAAAUUCCCAUUAUAGUCAUCUAAACAUGAUAUCCGAUCCUGAAUAAUUGUGACCAGGCUAUCUCCAUCUAGCAGUACCAGCUAGAUGGAGCCCAACUUGGGCCUCCAGGUGUUUUUGGACUACAAUUCCCAUCAUCCCUGACCACUGGUCCCGCUAGCUAGGGAUGAUGGGAGUUGUAGUCCAAAAACAGCUGGAGACCCAAGUUUGGGAAACCCUGGUCUAGUACAUAACCACACCUUUGCUCUUGCUUAUACAGUGAACUUUUACAGGGCAGUUUUCUUCACCAGGCUAACCUUUCUCUUUCGUAAGUCAUCCACUUAUCUUCUGCUCCACACACUUUGUGUCUAAGGGUUAUCUGGAGGAGCUGGUUCGGCUGAGAGAGUCACAGCUGAAGGACCUAGAGGCCGAGAACAAACGCCUGCAAUUGAGGCUGGAGGAGGUAAAGGUGCAGAACCAGUUAGAGAAACGGGAGCUGGAGGGUGUCAUCUUGGAGCUGCAGGAACAGCUGUAAGUAGAUCCAACUUUUGCACUGUCCUGCCCCCGCACUGGGUUCCGGUGCCCCCAGCCAGGCCCACACUGAAAGGGAAUGCAUCUCUGCAGCUUCCUGCCCCACUCUUCAUCCCCUCCCCUUCAAUUUCCCACCAUAGAUGGGCGGCUUGUGCCCACAGAACCUACCAUUUUGCCCCAUGUUGGAGGAAGGCCUGUUGGAACUCAUCGUAGGGUCAGUGGAUAUCUGUCAUUUUAAAAGGAUUCCAAACAACAAAUAAGAAAUCAUGAUUUCUCACAUUACUUUUUAGCAAAUAUCCCACUGUUUGAACUUAUCUGCGUUCAGAGCAUCUAUUUUGCAACUGGAUCUGGAAUUAAUCUUCAGAAUCUUGCAUAAUUUGGAAUGUCGGCUCCUGAAAUGUUGAGCUGGGGUUGAGUUGGGGUAGAGAUUUCCCUUUUCCCCUAACUGGAAAUAAAUCAACAUGAUGGGAAAACAUUUUGUCCCUUUGAGAUCAGACAUUUCAAUUUCAUUUUCCGGUUCAAUUUUAAAAAUGGUAGGGUGGCUUGGGGAAACGUUUUAGAUGGGGAAAUAUUUCUCUUGCAGAAAACAGUGGCUAGACCUCCUUACUUCUUAAGUCCGUAUCUGAGUAACUAAAAAUAUUCUGGGUUUGUGAUGCUGAAUAUCCUAAUCCCGAACAAUAAUGCUAUCUAAAGACACAUUAGCCCUCUUCAAUUAUUCUUGAACUUUUAUAUGUGGACAUCCACAUUUACUGCAUCCCGCUUUAGCUGAGCAGAAGGCUCUGAAGGGCGAUGUCAGCAAGUACAUUCAGUGAAAAAUGCUUACAAUAUCCUUUUAGGUCUUCCCUUUCAACGUGGGAUGAGAGCUGUACAGGUGUCCCUAUGUCCCCUUUGUGGAUAGAAUUAAAGAACAUCUGAAAUGACUAGAUUCACAUCAAGAAAUCAGAACUAGAAUUUCAUUUCCACUGAAGAUUAUGAGCUAGGACGUUUUACUGCAGGGGGAGGCAGACAGUGGUACUGCCCAUGGACACAUCUGCCUUAUUUCUGGUGCUGGGAUUCUUACAAAAAUUAGUGGACUAGAUCUGAUCCCGCAAGACCCCUCUUUAUGCUUGCAAGCGCCUACUCAGGAUUGCAUAACGCAGCGAAGCCUUAGCCGUUAAGGAAUCCUGGGUAUACAUAAUUGCUUUGUAUGUACAUUUAAUAUACACCAGCGGACCAAGGGAAUUAUAGAAGGGAACAAGUCAGAUCGCCCUUGGCCUGCACUGAAUUAGGCAGGAGGACAAACACGGCAAUGCGCCCUAGUUCUUUUGCCUCGAGCUGACAGGCUGCAUUCCCUCCUCCUUGACCAGACUUCCCUCCUCCCGCUCUGCCCUCAGGACGGGCCUGAUCCCAUCGGAUAACAGCCAGUUCACCCAACUAUCCAAGGAAAUGGCUGCACCCUUGGUGAACCAGUGGCCCUCUUUGGGGACUCUGAAUGGCAACGAGAGUCGCUCCGAAGCCAAAAUGUACAGAAGGUAAGAGCGUGUGUAGGAAGAGAUCGGAGGUGAAAGGGGCUGAAAGUUCCUAGGUCUCUUGAUGUAGGUGACCCCACCCUGCUUUCUCGUUCUCUCUUCCCAUCAGGCACAGCUUCAUGAGCACAGACCAGCUGUCAGCAGAGAUCAGCCUGAGCUCGGAUUCCCAAAGGAUGGGCGAAGGGAAGCAUGAAGGAGAACCUUGGGGGCCACUGGGUAAGUUUUUUCACACAGAUUUGAAAAAAAUCACUGCUUGAUCUGGAAACAAGUACCAGGAAGCUGGCCUGGAAGCUUCCCUGUUGGUUCUUUUCCUUCCAAAUUCAUCAUGCGGGUUCUGGCAAAGGAAGGGGCUUGUUUGCACAGGCUCGGAGGCACUCUCUUUGUGCUGCUGUUUCAUAUCUCCCAGGACAGAACCAACUAACCUCCAAAGAGAGGAAGUCAGUGUACACAGUUCCCUCCCUCUGAAAGAACUAUGUGAGGUUGCAAUAGUGACCCAGGUGAGCAUCAUGGGGGAUCCUCACCACUGUGCUACACCAGCUUCUUACACACACACACUAAAUUCUUUUGGGUGGGAAGAUAAUGAUGUGUACCUCCUAUUUCUCAAGUUGCACAUCUCCCCUACCCUAAGAUUGGAAACCAUGGGCUGUUGAAUUGCCAUUUGAGAGCUGAGCUUAUAGCAGCAGAAACAAUGUGUGCAGCGCAUUAUGGGUCUAGUCUCUCAUGCUGCCACCAUCCACACUAAUAUUCACGUGUUAAGCGAGAGGCUGGAACGGGUCCCACCCCCAUGGAUUCCUCCAUACAUGAAGCUCUAUCUGCAUAGGCAUAGAACUAUGCCUGUUGAAGGCACAGAUGUCAGGGAAACCUAACAAUGCAUAGGGCUAGCCCCUGUGAUCCCUUUGCAUGUUCUUCCAGCGUUUAGAGGGGUUUGUGUGAACCCCCUAUCCCACCAUGCAGAAGGUUGGGGUUGAAAUUGUCUUUCCUAAAGACACUACAGAAAAAUGGCUGAUAAAAUUAUUGAGCUUUGCUGAGACGGCUAAGCUAGCAUGUUUAAUUAGAGAAAAAUCAUUACUAACAUUUGUUAAGGGAUCGGAAACUUCUUAUGGAGUUUUUGCAUGAAAGAGAAAAUGAGCUUGUAAUAUCUGGAUUUGAAGACUGACAAAAUACUGGUUUAUGGAAGAUAGAAUGGUUGGAUCUUAAAGAAUUAAAUAUCAUAUGCAGCUGCAGACAGAAGAAAGUCCUUUUAUCUUUCUUUAGUUUUUUUCUUUUUCUUUUCUCUUGCUUUCUCCCUCUUUAGAUUUCUCAUUUUCUUGUAUUUUCUUCCUUCUGACUUUGCUAUCUUUUAGACUAAGUAGCUGUUUAUCUCAGUAUACUAUAAAAAUAUAAAGGGGUAUUUAUUUCUGUAGAUCAUUGAAUAAGUAUCAAUUAAAAAAACACACAAAUUUUCCCAAGAAAAAUUGAAGCAGGUACGGAUGAUGACAGCCAUUUUUAAAUUUGAUUUAGAAUGGUCUUCAUUUUUCAGAUGAAGCCCCAUUCCAAUUCCGUUGCCUUAAAAAAAUAAAUCAUGGUAAUUUAAGAUCCUGCUGUAGGAACAUCUCUCUGAAGCCUUGUUUCCUUAUUUUUCUCUGCAGGAAAGGACCCGACCCCAUCAAUGCUGGGCCUCUGUGGCUCUCUGGCCUCCCUGCCUAGUUCCAAGUCUUUAGCCAGCCUAAAAUCCAAUGAGUGCCUGGUGAGCGACAGCAUUGAACCCAGCCCUGCCCACAGCCCCAGCUGAGACAUCAAGAUGGCUAUCCCUACAAACCACAAUAGAUGCCUGUGGCGGGGAACGAGAAUUGAGUCCCUUUGACUUGGCUGUACCUUUACUGAGCCUGAUGUUACAGUAGGGUUAACAAGCCCACAUCCUCAACUGGACACUUCUUUAAACACAAGACUUUCCCCCUUAAACUGGAAGCAGGGAAGCGUUUAGAAUCUUUUCCCCUGCCCGGGAUUUAAAAUGGGGAAGAAGAAAAGGCUGCACGCUUGUUGGAAGCAGGAAGGAUUGCCUGCCCAAGUCACUUUUGUAAAAUGAUGCUGUAUAUAUUAUGUGUAAUAUAUAUAUAUAUUAUAUAUGAUUGAGAUUGCUGGAAGGUAGCUGUCUCCGGAGGAGAAUGCUUAAAAGUCCUCUGAAUUAUUGCUGCUGAAGGGGUGAGGGGUGGGCAAGAGACAGAAGACAGCUACACAGGUUGAAAUUCAUGGCGCAUUCUGGGUAGUGAAAACUUGCACAGCAUCGAGGUGAUGUUGUCGAGGACCCUGUCUGUCCCCUCCCUGUUCGACAGUAGGAGGCUCUGUGGAAGUGUGUCAGAGAAGCAAGCUGUAGGGCAGGAGGAUGUUGAGCUUCCCAUCUUCCCUGCGAUUCAACAUGGAAUUGCAGCAACAAACAUGCUACCUUCCUGCAAUGGGUGGUGGUGGAUUUCAAGUUGCCUCCAGAUUUCUGGGUUUCUUUUGCGAUUCAGGAAGCCUCUUUCAUCUUCAACCCUACCAGACUGCUGCAGAAUCUACUUCCUGUGUUUCUCCUGCAUGUUGCUAUCCCAAUGGAUGUUUUCUUUUUUUUUACUUCAGGGACGGUCUUGGAAGGCGGAAGAGGGCCGAUUUACACAUCAGGUCUUUUGGUGUGUGGUACUCAAGGCACAAUCGGCCUCUUCCCCUACCAGAGUUUUGACAAAGCAGACUUAGGAACGCUCUGGUAUGUGAUGACUUCAUUCGCCACGGCUGAAAAACUGUUAUAGACCAGCAGCUGGGGAAGCUGUAGAAUUAAUGGGCAAGAAUUAAAACAGAUUUGAGGAGCUGGCAGUAAAAUGGGACAAAGUCUGUUGAAGUCUCUUUUCCGAUACACAUCUUUCUUCUGCAAACAUCCUUAAGUCUUUUUUUAAAAAGUGGCUUGGGGAAAUUAAUUUUUACAUUCAUGCCGUAUGGUUCAGCUGCAAAGCUCUUCACCUGUAUUAUACCCUUAUUCCUACAAUGGCACUAUACUAUAAGGCAGUAUUAUCUCUGCAUUGCAGAUGGGAUUAGAGAACAAUGGCUUGUCUGGGGCCACUGAAUAACGGUUAAGAUGAGAUUUAAAUUGGGGACUUUCUGAGUUACAAUGCGUAUGUGCAAAUGGAAGCAUACUGAAAUGAGAAAUAAGCCACACCAAAUUCAAUUAAGCUUUGUUCCUGAGGGUGCACUGGGUUGCAGCCUGAGUCCAUGCGACGACAGGGCUAAAUUCUAAGUCAGGAUCUGAAGAACCAACCAACCAUUUUUGCGCAUCUAAUACAGCAGGCCUGUAGCAAACUACAACAGGUGCUGAAGAAAAAUGUCCGAGCCUGCUUUUAUUAUGGCAUGGGAUGGAUGGUGCUCUGCCGCUUGGGAGUGAGGAGACACUCAUUAUGCCAAUGAAUAAGUCAUAAGGUGCACCUAAAGGAGCUCUUGAUCUCAUCCCCGAUUUUAGUUUACCUAAAAUCUUGAUUGUGGCACCUAGGAAUGUGAAAUAUAUUAAAAGAGCCACAGUAAGUUACAGAGGUGUUUAGAGUACCUCCUUCUCUACCCAUAACUCUAAUCUCAAAUGCAACUGCAUUCACAUUUUUACAUCCUCAUUCACGUAUCCCAUUCCUCAAACACCUUUUACAACAGGGGUGGGCAACCUGUGGGCCUCCAGAUGCAGCAUGGGCAAUGAUUAGGGAUGAUAGGAGCUGGAGAACAGCAUCACCUGGAGGACCCCUGGGUCCCGAUUCCUGCUCACACCAUGGUGAUGAUGCUUGUUCUCUUCCCAGCAUCCCUUUCUUACAGUGGUUCGAUCACUUGCAACCUUGGCUCCCCAGGUGUUGCCAACUACCACGCCCUUCAUCCCUGACUAUUAGGCUAAGGGGGCUGACGGGAGCUGGAAUUUUACAACAUGUGGGAAAACUGACCUACUGGACUGGUGCAAAGGCGGUUUGUUUUUUUAAGCAUUCCAAUGCUUUUAAGCAUUCCAACACUCAGGAAAUUCAGGGGGGGGGGGUGGAAUCUGCAACACUUUUUAACAGCCAAGAUAAAAGUGGUUAGGAAGUUCUUGUUUCCAUGUACUGAACAAUUGUGACAGAGGAUUCAAAAACACCUGUGGGUUUCUCUUUGUAUUGUGUAUCUUGGCUGAUUAAUAAGUGGCCUGUUUCUGCUUUUAGAAAGACCUAGUCACCUGGUCAAAAGGAGGGAGGAUUUAGGUUCAUGGAGGAAUCCAGUGAAUAAGCCUUGCAGAAUGAAGAUGAGGAGACAGGGACAAACCAAUAACUUACAUAGGAGACAAAAGAUUUCGCCCCCCCCACUCCAAUUAUAUAAGCAUCUUAGAACAUACCACAUGAGAAGACUCCCGGGGAGGGAAGAAAAUCCUCAAGUAGGAAUGGUGCAUAGAGUACCCCAUGGGGGACAACCAAUCCCUGCAAAGUAAGGUUGAUGUUGCCACCCAUCAGCUGAUCUGCCGAAUAGGCUGUGCAACUGAGCUCUGCAGGGGGAACCCAAGGGCUCACCCAAUCCCUAGAGAAAGCAGCUUGGCCAGCCCCUUUGCUCAGUGCUUCAGAAGCGUUGAGCACAGUUUUUUCAGAGAGAUCUGCACACUGUUUCCCUAUGCAAGGCCUUCCGAUAGGUGUGCAGGACAACAUACCUGCCAAUAAUCUGAAAUUGACAGGGAGGGGUUGGGACAAAUAGCUGACUGGGCCAAAACGUUCCCCACUCCUGUU